AUGUCGGUGCCCCGGGAGUUCCUCGGUUACUUUGGCAUCAAAGAGAAGGAAAAAGAGCCCCGAAACCCCCAAACUUUUUCCCGCCCCGCGCCCAUGCGGGCGGCCGGCCGGCAGCCAGCCCGGAGGGACCGGGCGCGCCCUGCGCGGCCGCGCAGCCCCGGAGCCACCUCCCUGCACUGCCCCCCGGCCCCGCACUUCCUGCCCGGCGGCGGCGCGGGGGCGGGCAGGGCCGUACCAAGUGCCCCGGCGGGGCGGGAGCGGCGGCAGCAGGGCGGCUCUGGCGCGGGGCUGCGCACGACGCGGAGCGGCUGCGCGCUGCGCUCCGCCCCCGGUCCGCCCGCGCCCCGCCGGGGAAGUGGAGCCGCGGCCCCCGCUGUCCGCGGUCCCCGGCGGCGGCUUCUUCCUCCCCUCCUCUCUCCCCUCCUCCCUCCGUGCGCCUCCCGCCCAUUUCCUCUCCUCCGCCCCGCUCGCCGCCGCUCUGCAGGCGUGCGGCUCGCCCCGCCGCCACCGCGGGCUUCGAGCUGCCGGGAAGCCCCCGCGAAGCCCCAGCGCAGCCGCCGCCGCCGCUCCCAGGCCACCGCCGGACCUCGCUUCGCCAGCCGGGUGAGGACCGGGGCUGCCCUGCCGCCUCCCGGGGGAACUUCGGCGGCCGCGCUGCGCUCUCCGCCGUAG